UUAGCUCUUUGUGGUAUAAAACGAUGUCCUUUCUCUCCUGUGUGAAGAAGAGCCUGUUGGAGAGGGAAGAAAGCACAGCCCCUCUACUAUCAUGAACAUGCUGGGGACAACCCUGACUACAUACCAGACCACCCUGGACCAGACUACUACAGAGGUCCUGGAUCAGCAGAAACAGUCAGAGAGGCUGGUCCAGGAGGUUCAGUCCAACCAGCGACUGAUGUCAGAACAGAAGAGCCACUUAGAGGAGAAGUUGUCGUUCCUUCACGGUCUGUUCCAGCGUCUGUUGGCGGGCUGCGUCCUCGUCUCCCAGCCGCAAUGCAUCCUGGGUAGUUUCUCCUGGGCGGAGCUCUGUGAUGUCAUAACGGAACACGUCGACACUCUCACCUCUGACCUUACACGCGCCAACGAGAGGGUGUCCCACCUGCAGGCUGUGUGUGAGAGUAACAGUGUGUGUGUAUCUCAGCUGCAGCAGAGCCAGGAAGGGGUGUUAGUGAGAAUAGAGGAGACAGUGAAACAGAGAGAAGAGACCUGGACAGCACAGAGACAUGAGAUGGACCAGCAACACGCACACACUGUUACACUGCUACAGGGGAAGAUACAGAUGUUCGGUGCUCAGCUUGAGGAGGCCCGUCAGAGACAGUCCUCACUAGAGAAAGAACGCAGCCAGCUGACCAAUGACCUCGCCAUGCUCCAGAAAACCCUAACCCAGUCUGACCUCCAGGGGUCAACCCUGCUCUCAGCCUGCACCCUACUGGCUGGGGCGCUCACACACCUCACACACGCCACACACACACUCCGCACACAGAAAACUCUCCUCGCGCGCCGCUUGGCGGAGCGAGAGGGCCUAGAGAUGGAGGUUAGAACGCUUGUACAAGCUCUAGGGGAGGGAAGAGGAGAGGGGGAUGAGGAGAGGAAGGGAGGAGGGGUGAAGAGGUGGAGAAGGUGUGUGGUGUGUGUGAUAGCUGUGAACAGGUUGUGUGUGUUGGGACGGGGGAGCAGACUGGUGUUUAGGGUGGGUGGGCAGAGGUACCCCUCUAUAGGAGUUCGUGUUUCAGUCGUCCCUCCUCUGGAGGAGAGGGAGAAGGACUCAACACCGCCAUCUAAAGGUGAGCAGGGCAAUGACACAACUGCACUGUGAAAUAAUUAUUCUGAAAAUAGUUGUGAAUGUUUUUGACGAGUCGAUAUAUACAUUGGCAUUCCAACCCUCUUCCUGGAGAUCUACUGUCCUGUAGGUUAUCAGUCCAACCCUCUUCCUGGAGAUCUACUGUCCUGUGGGUUUUCAGUCCAACCCUCUUCCUGGAGAUCUACUGUCCUGUGGGUUUUCAGUCCAACCCUCUUCCUGGAGAUCUACUGUCCUGUGGGUUUUCAGUCCAACCCUCUUCCUGGAGAUCUACUGUCCUGUGGGUUUUCAGUCCAACCCUCUUCCUGGAGAUCUACUGUCCUGUGGGUUUUCAGUCCAACCCUCUUCCUGGAGAUCUACUGUCCUGUAGGUUUACAGUCCAACCCUCUUCCUGGAGAUCUACUGUCCUGUAGGUUUUCAGUCCAACCCUCUUCCUGGAGAUCUACUGUCCUGUAGGUUAUCAGUCCAACCCUCUUCCUGGAGAUCUACUGUCCUGUAGGUUUUCAGUCCAACCCUCUUCCUGGAGAUCUACUGUCCUGUAGGUUUUCAGUCCAACCCUCUUCCUGGAGAUCUACUGUCCUGUGGGUUUUCAGUCCAACCCUCUUCCUGGAGAUCUACUGUCCUGUAGGUUAUCAGUCCAACCCUCUUCCUGGAGAUCUACUGUCCUGUAGGUUUUCAGUCCAACCCUCUUCCUGGAGAUCUACUGUCCUGUAGGUUUUCAGUCCAACCCUCUUCCUGGAGAUCUACUGUCCUGUAGGUUAUCAGUCCAACCCUCUUCCUGGAGAUCUACUGUCCUGUAGGUUAUCAGUCCAACCCUCUUCCUGGAGAUCUACUGUCCUGUAGGUUAUCAGUCCAACCCUCUUCCUGGAGAUCUACUGUCCUGUAGGUUAUCAGUCCAACCCUCUUCCUGGAGAUCUACUGUCCUGUAGGUUAUCAGUCCAACCCUCUUCCUGGAGAUCUACUGUCCUGUAGGUUUUCAGUCCAACCCUCUUCCUGGAGAUCUACUGUCCUGUAGGUUUUCAGUCCAACCCUCUUCCUGGAGAUCUACUGUCCUAUAGGUUUUCAGUCCAACCCUCUUCCUGGAGAUCUACUGUCCUAUAGGUUUUCAGUCCAACCCUUUUUGGACAACUGAAGCAAGGCUGAAUGGGAUAGCAUCAUAUUAACCCCUUGCUCUCUGACUCUCUCAGGUGAAGAGGAUAAUGACGAUGAAGGGAGAGGAGGACUGUGUGUGAGGUGGCUUCGUCGUAAAGAUAUCUCCUUCUUCAUCAUGUCUUCCAUGGCUGAACUACAAGAGGCCUUAGAGCACACAGUAUCUUCCUCUCGGGUGGUAUUGUCUGCCGCUCGUAACAGUCUAUCCCGCCUCCUGGACCACCUCCUCACCCCCUCAGACCGAGGGUCCCAUCUCACACCCUAUAGCGUGAACAAGGGUUCUCUGGUUAGUAGGCUGGGACAGGGCUUACACCGACUCACGGCCAAACAGAUGAGCAAUAAGUGUCUGGUGGUUUCGCUGCAGCAACACUUCCUGGUUUUCACCCACCGGCUGCACUCCGCUGAGGUGGAGGCGGAGCCUGAGGUUAGA